AUGUCAUUAAUAGAAGAUCUUGAAGCCAAUGAUCCAACUACAUCGUUUAAUGCCAUCAUUGAACAGGUUUCUGGUAGAUUAUUCCAAAUUAAUAGUAAUAUCAACAAUGUUAAGAAGCUUCAGACCACUUUGACUGAUAGGUCGCGAUCACAAUUACCAACCAGUAAUCAUGGUUCAGGGAACAAGAAUCUACAGAAUCGAAUCACAGAACUUGUAGAUGCCACCAACGCCUUGUUCCAUGAGUUGAACGAGCCAAAGACUGUGUUGGUCAAUCGUUAUGUGUACCAUGGUAAUAAUAGUUAUAUGGAUAACUUGGGAACUAGUGGGUAUCGAGAUGAUGUGGACGAUGAAGAACCACAGACUCACGGAUCGGAAACUUUAGGCAUUAGCAAAACCCAAAAUUUACAAAAGAGCAAAAUUUUGAGAGAAGUGUCUUCAUCUUUGAUGGCAUUUCAAAAUGCUCAAGAAGAAUUCAAGCAGUUCAUUACAGUACAGGAACAACAGCAAAAACAACUCUUGUUAGAGGAAGAGGAGCAAAUCCUAAAAGAAAAUAAUGGUUCCAUGGUGGCCCAUCAAAGUACUAUUGUCAAAGAACUUGAUCCUAUAAAUAAUGCCGAAUUAGUACAUCAUAUUCAAUUGGUUUCUCAACGAGAAGAAGAGAUCCAACAUAUUGAAAGUUCUAUUUCUGAGCUAAACACCAUCUUCCAAGACUUAGACUCGCUAGUAACGGAACAAGGUUAUAUGGUUGAUAAUAUUGAAACGAAUCUUAAUAGUGCCAGUGAUAAUGUCAGAGCAGCAGACAGGGAGUUAAGGAAAGCAAGUAACAGCCAAAAAAGAAGUUUAAGAACUAAGAAAUGUUUAAUGAGCUUGUGCGCUGUCGUACUAUUUGUGUUGAUGAUUUUGGUAUUAGCAUUGACUUGA